UUGUCAAACUUCACCUCAGGUGGUCCCUGAUAUUUAUUCAAUUAGAGUUAUAACUCACCCUGUUUUACAGAAACUUUAUUAUGAAUGGGAUUUUAUUCAUGGAACAAUUUUGUGGUUUCAUAUGCUCUACAGUAACUUAUUCUGUAUUACACCCACACAUGCAGAUGCGAGGCGAGUACUGCUAGGAUGGAGCGGAUGUGAAGGAACAAGAACAAAUGCUUUGUUGUCUCAUUCUGCCAAUGAAAGAUAGAGAUGAGGAGGAACAGAAGACCUAAUGCUUUCUGUGUGUGCAGACUUAGAGACUGGGUGGUGGAGAGACAUUGGAAUACAAGCCUUAGGGGUUGUGUGUGCGUGUGUGUGAUGGCUCCCAGUGGGUGAGCAGAGCUCAAGUGCCAGAGAAGAGGAAGGGUCUGACGUAAGCCUGCCAAAAACAGCUGCGAUAGAGACGGAGGAGGGCGUUACAAAGUGUGCAUGUGAGGGGGCAAGAGACAGUCAGAGGGAGGACACCCCGAGAGACACUUAGAGAGAGAGACAUUGGAAGUGGGAGAGAAUGUGUGGAAAAGAAGGUGUGAGAGAUAUGAUUCCGUGUUGGAACUGGACGCUAAGACAUUGAGGAACAAGGAGACGUCCUUGAGGAGACAGGAAACAAGGAGCAACCUGGACUGAAGACUAAGGAAAACAAGGGCUAAGAAAGUGUAAGAGGAGAAGGAAAGGAUAUCUAAGGAGGAAUAAAGCAAGAGAAGUAGAAUGGGUUGUGUCUUCAGCAAGCAGUGGUGGGCUAAACAGAGGAAUUCCCAGCCCUCGGAUCCCCCGAAAACACGAGACCUCACAGAGGAUGCAGAGAUUCUCAGCUUAAGAGAGUUGGGGAAAAUGGGUUCACACUCCUUUAAAGAGAGGAACUUCAAGAAGAAACGCCACUGUGCUGUCUGCAGACAAACCCUGGAAAGCCAUGGCAUGUACUGCAGAGAGUGUAAAACUGCAGUGCAUAACAAAUGUGAGGAAAAGGUCACUGUCCCCUGUGAAGUUAUCUCAGAUCCACCUCCAUUUCCAAACCAGCUGAACAUCCUUCCCAGUAGAGACAGCAUGGAUAGUGUUAUGGAGAAGUUGAUGGGCAGUCAAUAUGAUUUCGAUCUGACCUACAUCACUGAGCGUAUCAUCUCUGUCCUCUACCUGUCUGACCUGGAAGAACAGCAUUACAGCGCUAACCUUAAAGAAGUGGCGGCCAUGUUGAAAUCUAAACAUCAAGACAAGUUCUUGCUUAUAAAUCUGUCAGAGAAACGCCAUGACAUCUGCAGGCUAAAUCCAAAGGUUGAGGAGUUUGCGUGGCCCGAUUUACAUGCCCCGCCCCUCGAUAAAAUAUGCGCUGUGUGCAAGACCAUGGAGAACUGGCUUAACUCUGACCCCCACAACGUGGUUGUACUUCACUGCAAGGGAAACAAAGGAAAAACAGGGGUGAUUGUGGCAGCUUACAUGCACUAUAGCAAAAUAUCAGCUGGGGCAGAUCAGGCUCUCUCGACAGUUGCUAUGAGGAAAUUUUGUGAGGAUAAAAUCUCUUCCUCUCUCCAACCAUCUCAGAACAGGUAUAUAUAUUAUUUUGCCGGUCUUCUCUCGGGUGCAAUAAAGAUGAACAGCUCACCACUGUUCCUGCACCAGAUUCAUAUUCCAGCUUUGCAUAACUACCAGUCUGGAGGAGGUUACUCUCCCUUUCUGAAGAUCUAUCAGUCAUUGCAGCUGGUCUAUUCUUCAGGCAAAUAUGAUAUUCAGAGCCCUAACAGUAAGAUGCUGUGUGUGAAUAUUGAACCAGCUCUACUGCUGAAGGGAGACAUCCUGGUGAAAUGUUAUCACCGUCUCUCAGAUGUGUGUAAGAGAGAAUGUGUGUUCAGAGUCCAGUUUCACACCUGUAGUGUUCAUGGAUCUCAGCUUGCUUUUGGCAAAGGGGAACUUGACCAUGCUUGCACAGACGACCGUUUCCCUGCAGAUGCCACAGUGGAGUUGCUAUUUUCUUCUGGCCCACAAAGGAGAGGUGGAGAUGUGCAGGGAAAUGAGCCGGGAGUAUCUGUGGAUCAUGGCACCACAGAUCCUGUUGUGCGCUGGGACUCGUAUGAGAACUUUAACCUUCACCAUGAGGAUAGUGUUGAGGAUAUCUGUCACACACGUGGGCCUUUAGAUGGUAGCCUGUAUGCUCAAGUGAAGAAGCGUCGAGCACAAGGCUCCAGUCCCAGCAGAUGCCCGACCUCCAUCAAAGCCUCCACACACUUACCCAGCCAUUCCUCACCUACUCCUCCUACUCCUACUCAUCUCUCCAUCCAGCCUCCCUCACACAACAAAGACGCAAGUCGUUCCUCUGCACCACCUGAAUCCCUCUCUCCACUUCCAAGAGAAAAAAGAGAGAAGGACGAAGACAGGGAAAGACACAGAGAAACCGCUAUACUUGACGAUGGUGACUGCUCUCCCCUGAGACCAGAUCGGUCUUCCGUUCAGUCUUGUUACGGUCGCCCGUAUUCCCACACUCAUUCAUUUUGUGGCCCAGACCUGACUAGCCCGAAUGCGCUUACACAGACGCUCCACCCCAAACACCACACACUUCCCUGCAGCCGCACCGGCCCACUGCCAGUCCGAGACCUGUGUGUAUCCCAGCCGGAUCUUUUAUGGGAGAGAGGGCGCUGUCUGCACCAUCCCUACCCAGAAACCAUCAGACACCUAUACUCAUUUCCCCCUCAAGGAGCCAACCCUCAUUCGCCACUUUCCCUCUCACAGUCGUCCCAUUCCCACACACUUCCUGUUCAGACACGCGCAUUCUUCACAGGGGAGGCAUGUCCUCUGUUUCAUUGCUCCGCCCUCCCUCAGGGCCAUGCCCACAUCCCUCCUUCUCUGUCUCCUAAUCAGUCACUGCUCUCCAGUCCAUACAGAGAGUUACGUUACAGCACAACAUCGCCAACAUCGUGCUCCUGCAGGGAUUGUUCUCACUUACGAGAGGACGUUGCCCUCCACUCUUUACGUGGCAGAGAAUUAGAAGCUCUACCUUGGUCUAGAGAGGCGGAGUUUGGGAUUAGGCGGGAGCUGCCUAUCCACUGGAGGGAUGGAAGAGUGGAGUCUCAUUGGGAGGGAGUUCAAGAGGCUGAAUACUGGCGGCGCAAAAUAGCAAUGUCACCAGUAACAUUAUCAUAUGGACAUUGCCACGCUAUCCCAAAACAAGAUCAAGCGGUAUAUGUCACAGACACCCAACCCGAACAUAUUACCCCACUCAGUCCAUAUCCCAGCCCUCAAAGCAGUGGCUACCACAGUCCGCAUCCACCUUGUCCCUGCUCUCCACAACCACUCAGAGAGAGUCCUGGUUACGCCUCCAUCAGUCAUUCCCCAAACUCCUCCCCCAUUGCUGUCACACCAUCUCCAAAACGAGCCAAUCACAACAGUGCCUCAGCUGAAAAGAGUCAGCAUGAUAGGAGUAUUAAGGUCUUAGAUGGUGAUAAAAGUCACAUUGAGGACUUUUCUCAUCCUACCCAGGACAGUAGACCAUUGGAGGCAAGAGAACCAAUAAAAAGCAAAGCCCCAGAGGGUGAAACUUUCCCUGGGUCUCUGAUCACAGUCAGUGGAGCAGAGGAAAAGACGAAGAAAAUGCCCAUAAUAGAUUCUACAUCUAACACCGCUGUCAUUAGUAACCCACCAUCAUCCAAGGGUGUGGAGUCAGUGCAGGUACAAACGCACAACCCCAGACCUCUCAGUAACUGUGUCUCAGAAUCGGUGCAGGAUAAAGGGGAGCGCCCCGGCUCAUGCUACACCUCAACAUCAACCUCAACAAGUCCUCAACCACCUCUUUGCUCUUCAGAGAGAAGCUCCACUUCUGAAUUCUCUUCAUUUAACAUAAAUGCUGAAAGGCAAAGCCUGACACCCUUGACCGACUGCAAUGAGGAAAGCAGCAACAGUGACCUGACAACAUCAUCCCCUGACCCUGAUGGCUACGUCACACCCUCAUUCCCUAUAGCGUCAUACUGCUACCCUCUUCUGACAGUGCCUCAUGUACCAUACACAGGCUACACAGCAAUUACCAUCCCGGCCUCCUUACCCCAACCUCCUCUUCCUGAAAAACAACGUUCACCCCCCAUUCAGAACGUGUCUAAUAGCACUGGCACUUCCUCUGUAAAAUCAACUGGAAAACCUUCUGUUUUACCUGCCCAGUUCCAUGUGUCCUUCUCCUCUUCCACCAGUGAAUUACCCACAUCUAGUCACAAAGUAACCCCCUCUAGUGGUGUGGAGGAGCCAGAGAACCGCCUCAGCUCCAAGUUUGUUCAAGACAGCUCCAAGUACUGGUACAAACCUGGCAUUUCCAGAGACCAGGCUAUUGCAGUAUUAAAAGAUAAGGAGCCUGGCUGCUUCCUCAUUAGGGAUAGUAAUUCAUUCCAAGGCGCAUACGGAUUGGCCCUCAAAGUCACCACACCUCCAGCCCACGCUAGUAACCAUGGUGAGAUGGGCAACCCACAGGAGCAGCUAGUUAGGCACUUCCUGAUUGAGAGUGGCGCUAAAGGUGUGAAGAUCAAAGGCUGUCAAAAUGAAACAUAUUUCGGCUCCCUGUCUGCUUUGGUGUAUCAGCACUCCAUUACUCCUGUGUCUCUUCCAUGUGUACUACGGAUCCCAGAUAGAGACCUUGUUGGUGAAUUGCAGGAGUUGCAAAGUGGAACUAAUACCAGCACAGCUGCAGACCUACUGAAACAGGGGGCAGCUUGUAAUGUUCUCUACCUAAACUCAGUGGAAACGGAAUCUCUGACUGGCCCGCAAGCCGUCUCCAAGGCAACCAAGUGCACUUUGACCCAGGAGCCUCGUCCUUCACCAACAGUCGUCCACUUCAAAGUGUCCACACAGGGCAUCACCCUCACUGAUAAUCAGCGCAGACUCUUUUUCAGGCGACAUUACCCUAUUCAUAGUGUGACUUUCAGCAGUGUGGAUCCACUGGAUCAAAGGUGGAUUGAUGCUGAUAACACUUCCUGCAAGGUGUUUGGAUUUGUUGCACGUCGCAGUGGUGGUUUGGGAAACUUGUGUCACCUGUUUGCAGAGCUAGACCCAGAGCAGCCAGCCACGGCCAUUGUGAACUUCAUCAAUAAAGUCAUGCUGGGACCUCAACAGCUGCGAAAAUGAACACAGUAUAGAGAGAUGGAGAAAAACAAAAUUGAGAGAACAAAGGACAAGAUGGUAGUGCAGUGGAUAUUGUCAGUGUUACAUUUAUACACAGAAUCAGAGGAGCGUUUGUCAUUAUACGCACAGAGAAAAAUGACAUUUAUGACAACUCAGUAUAUGCAAGCUUCCACUUUUUCUCUCAUGUUCACAUAAAUCAGUGAGAUAAGGUCAGGGUAAAAUUGAGUGCAUUGUAAGAGUGUUUUUAAAUUAUAUGCUUUUUAUUAAAUAAAAAUGGUUUAUAUGAGAAAAACAACAACUGGACAUUUUCCUGGCAAAGUAUGUCUAAUGGAUAAAUAAAUGAUAGGCAAAGUUUUUAAACACUCAAAUCUAUUUUGGGUUGAGUAAAUGGGACUUUUAAUCCAGGAUGCCAAAGUGUAUGACUGUUAUUGUGUUGUUCUGUUUUUAUUUUCAUUGAUUUUCAUUGAUUUGAUGUCCUUGUGUGUUUGUUUUCAGCUAAAAUGGUCAGAAUGUUUUGGUAGUUUGUUUUCUAUUCAAAAUGCCCUUUACCAGACAAUCAUGUUUUCAGCAACUGAUGCAUUUUUAAAUUUAUACUUUUUUGGUAUUAAAAUAAAGUAUUAAUAAAAAUGGAAAAUAUGAAGAACUAA